GGCGCUGAGGGGCGGCCGGCGGUGCCGAGCUUCGCCUCUCACGGUGGCUGCGGAGCUGUUCCCUCUCCGGCUGCGCCGCUCUUGCCAAGCUCCCGCAGGUUGAUACCCUGGGUACGGGUGUCGUCCCCGCAGGGUGGUGUAGCAGUGCUUGGGGAUACCACCGUGCUCCGUGGGAGCCCAGGUCCUGAGCUGACUCUCCUCACUGCAGAGGACACCCCAAGGGACACUGGCAGGGGGCACUCCCUGUCCUGGCUCUCAAUGUGCAUCACAUCACUUUGGCAGGGCAAAAGUAUGGCUAGAUGACGGCUGAGGAUGUGCUAUGGAGCCAGGAUUCAACUGCUCUGAGCUCUGCAAUGGCAGCUCCAGUUUUGACAGCCAGGAGCAGCAGCAGGCGCUGCAGGAGCUCUGCACUGUGACAGUGACAUCUUUUGACCACAGUAUGAAGAGUUCCCCAUCCUUCUCUGUUGGUCUCCUGGGAGUUGUGUGGACAUUCCUGACUGGAGGAGUCCUGUUAGCGCUCUUCUUUCUCAUCUUCACAAUUCGCUUCAGGAAGAACAGGAUUGUGAAGAUGUCCAGCCCCAAUCUCAACAUUGUGACACUGCUGGGCAGUGGCUUGACUUACACAAGUGCUUACCUCUUUGGGAUUCAGGAGCAGAGCCUGCCAUCUGGAAACUCAAUGGAAAAGCUUAUUCAGGUGAGGCUGUGCCUGCUGUGCGUAGGGACCUCCCUGGUGUUCGGCCCUGUCCUGGGAAAGAGUUGGCGCCUCUACAAGGUGUUCACCCAGCGGGUGCCAGACAAGCGGGUGAUUAUCAAAGACCUGCAGUUGCUGGUGAUGGUGGCAGCAUUGGUGCUGGCAGACACUGUCUUGCUCUUGACAUGGGUGUUCUCUGACCCAGUCCAGUGCUUCCGAAGCCUCAGUGUCUCACUGCGGGCAACAGAGAAAGGCAUGAUGUGCUCCAUGAGCCGGGUCCAGUCCUGCGCAUCGCUCUAUUCCGAUCUUUGGCUCAUUCUCAUUUUAGGGUUUAAGAGUAUCCUCCUACUGUGUGGGACCUACUUGGCUGGUCUGACCGACAAUGUCAGCUCCUCACCAGUCAACCAAUCCUUGACACUCAUUGUUGGGGUCAACCUCAUUUUCCUGACUGCUGGUACCAUCUGCUUAGUUCACCGUUUCUUCCAUACAUGGCAUAAUUUGCUGUUUGGUUUUACCUCUGGAGGCAUCUUUGUGUGUACCACCACGAUCAACUGCUUCAUCUUUCUCCCACAGCUCAAGCAGUGGAAAGCCUUUGAAGAAGAAAACCAAACCAUGAGCCACAUGGCAAAAUAUUUCACCAGCCCGAGCAGGAGCUACCGCUCAGUGUACAGUGAGGAGCAGCUCUACCAGCUCAUAGGGGAGAAAAACUCAAUGAAGCGGCUGCUCACUGAGAAAAAUGCCGUGAUCGAAAGCCUGCAGGAGCAAGUGAGCAGUGCCAAAGAGAAGCUGAUGAGGCUGAUGUCUGCGGAGAGCAGCUGUGACCCCCGUGCACUGCCAGCAGCUCCCUGUACCAGGAGCUCAGAGCAGCCUGGGCAUGCUGCACUAGGGGACUGCUGUCUCCUAGAUCCAGAGAGGGACAGACGGCUGCCCCCCUGCUUUUUGGGUACGUCACCUCUUGGCAGCAAUGUCCAGGCCUUCCAGAAACAUGCAACCCAGGAGUCUGUUUGCUCCCAGAUGCUGCUUUUUAGUACAGGGGAUAGCGUUGAACGUGGCCUGAAAGAUGUCCAGGAGUGUGGGACACCUGCAGUGCAGGGGCAGCUUCCAGAGCAGCUGCCAGGUCAGGACAACUCAGGCAGUGUAGCCUGGGAGUCAUCCCCCCAAGUCAACCAUGUAAACAGCAAGAAGCUGUGGGAGAUCUUGAAAGAGUUAAGCUUGGAUGGCAAAAACCACGGCCCAGCCUUAUCUGUAGGACCCCCACUUGGCAACCGAGGUACCUCAGGUGAGCAGGGAGAAACACAAGUGGGCCAGGAGGGCUAUGCAAGCAUCCACAUACCCCUCAGUCCCUACCUGGCAAGGCAUCGUUGGAGGAUCCCAUUUCCCCCUGCCUCCACAUGCUUCCCUGGACACGUAUCCCCUUGUGCCAGCUGCAGGGUGAAGGAGGUUGGCAGCUGGAGUCGUGGGGAGUCAGCACAUAACUCCCUGGGAUCAGGAGGGGAGAUGGCUGGCAGAGGGCUCCUUCACCCUCCAGCACCAUCCCCUCCAGCCCUCCCAAGGGAGGCCAGCCUCCAGCCAGAGGGGUGGCUGGGAUGGCCCAAGUCCCAGGGUGCUUCAUUGUGUAUCCCACAGGAGCAGCGACAGUGGCAGGGCACCCUGAAGGGACCCGCUGAGCCCUCCCUGUGCUCACUGUACUAUUACCCAGAUUCUGACUCCAGCAGCAGCAGCUCUGAAAUGUUUCAUGGCUGCCAACGACCCUGCUGCAAGGUUUGCUUCCAGAGCCCACGUGGUUCCCUGGACAGCAGCAGCACAGAUAUGGACACAGAGCCCAGUGACUGUGAAGAUCACCAGGCAGAACACCACGGCGGGCCCCAGCCAGUGGUGAAUUUCAAAGACGAUCUGAAACCCACUUUUGUGUGACUGGGAGCACCCUUGCCUCAAAGGCAAGUGCCCUCCCAUCCCCGAAACACUGCAUGUUUUCAACAAUGCUAAAACCACACAUCCCUCUGGGGAAUGUGCCUUGUUCUGGAAUUUGGGGAUUGGGAAUAAACCUUGCCCCAUUCUGAUUUGCAGUGUCAGCUGUGACUGCAGCCUGAGUUUGGCUGAGAGGGGGUUGGCAGCACUUAGAGAGGUGGUGGUGGCCUUGUCCUGGCUACUCUGGGCCACUGCCUGUGUCCCGCAGGUAGCUGGCAGUUCUGUCCAUCCUGGUGCCAGCAGUGGAGAAACCGGGGCUGGGGAUCUGUAAGAGCCCAGACUUCAUCUCUUCAGAGAGCUUUCCCUGUGAGACCUGCAUGAUUCGCACUGGCGGGGAGCAGUAUCCUGCCUCAGAAACAAGCACUGCUUCUUGCACACUGCUCCAUAUGGACCAAAAGAGGACUCCUUCCCCUGAGGCUGCCCAAGCUGCCCACUGGCAUCACCCCCAGCUUGGGAUGGGAGACAGACACCAGAAGCAGAUGCUGGCUGCCACCCACCUGGGCUGGGCUGCUUCCAGGCAAAGCAAGGACUUUGGAAUGGGGUGUGCACUGCAAACUUUUGGGUUUUGGUGGGUUUUUUGUAACAUCGGAAUGAGAAAAUGGAGUCCAAAUGUGAUGUCCAUGGAGUUGUCUUUGCAUGUUGUGUUUUUCAGGUGCGUUGUUGUAGGUGAGACUCAGGUCAGUGCUGAAGGGCAAGACAAGCUAGCCAUUAUAAAGGAGGAUCUUUUUACCUUGAGUUCUGGGUCUUGUGCCCUCUCUUUGUAUGGAUGAUUUAGUCUGGAAUAAGGUUUGUUUAAAUUAAUAUGCUAUGUUUAAUUUUUAUCUUAGAAACACCAAGAACAGUAAACCCUGUGUGUGUGCCUUUCUGGGGGUAUUUAUCAUGGCAUUUGAGCUUACAUUGCUUCCACAGGAGUUCAGGAUGCUGAGACCUGAUGGCCCAGUGCAAAAUAAACCUUAUGGACAAAGGCUUUAUUAAAACAGUAGGUGUCAGAGGAAUCCCAGAUCUGGUUUUGAACAAACCAUAUUAGCACUGCCUUCUCCACUACGCUUUAUGAUGGUGAAAUCCCUCACUUCUCUCUCCCUUCAGUGAUGUCACCUUUUUUCCUCGUUUCCCCUGCAGUUUACAUAGAAGCUUGCAUGUAGAGCAAAUCACCAAACUCAGUAAUCUUACAAGGAACAAUGUUCCCACAGCCCCUGUUUGCUUUUAAAAUGGAAACACUCCAGACAGAGUGUAAUCUUUUUUGUUUGUUUGUUUUUUUGGUCAUCACUUUUUUUGCUUAUAAAAACCAUUCUGGUUCAGUUUUUCCUUUACAGCUGUCUGAGCACUUACAGCUCUGGCCUGGGAGAAACCCACCGACUGGGAGGGUCCCCUGCUUGUGCAGGGCAAACCUGUGAGCCUGAUGGCUCCCUGCAGUGGGACUCGAAAUCUCUGUCCCCAUCGCCUGCCAGCCGCCUGCAGUUCUGCAGCACUCGCAGCAGGUGUUGCUGCUGCCACGCCGGGUGUGCCGGCAAACACCAAGUACAUCCCACGGCAUCGCCACACUGGGACAAGAGGGGAGACAAACACGUUCUAGGGCCUCUAUUAAAUAUGGGUCAAAACCUCUCCCCACCCCCAAAUGUGUUUAGGAUAACGCUUUGCUCUGGGGCUGGGAAAUAGUGCAGCACAGUGAAAGGAAAUGAUCAACCAUGAGCCCACCUGGAAGCAGCUGAUAUAAAAAUUAACUUUAAAUCCACUAGUGAAUGCAGAAAAACCCUCCAGAGGACUUUGAACCUAGACUUUGUUUGGAAACUCACUGCUGGAAUUUGAGGUCGUUGCUUUUCUGUGCGGUGCCCAGCAGCCACCACUUGAAAACUGCAUAGCCUGUGGAUGCACCUAUUAAGAAGGCCAAGAGCAUUGUGGUUUGUGUCAUAAAUAGUGUGCCCAGCAGCACCAGGGCAGUAAUCAUUCCCCUGUGUUCAGCACUGGUGAGGUCACACCUCGAAUCUUGUGUUCAGUUUUGGGCUCUUUCCUUGCUGAUGGCUGUUUAGGGGAAGGGUCACGUCACUGCCAGGAUGAUAUCUCUCUCCAUGCCUGCUUGGUGAGGCUUGGCAAGAGGCAGGAAGGCAAGGAGGCCUUGAGGCUCUUGUGCCACAACCACCUACCAUGACUCAGUCUGCCUCUGUUACCCAUCAGCUUACCACGGUUUAGGAAAUAACAAAAUUGGUCUUAAUUGUGAUUCAGCUGCCUGGAAAAGAAAAGAGAAAAUAAAAGAAAGAAAAGAGAAAAGAGAAGAAAAGAAAAAAGAAAAGAAAAAAGAUGCAAAGAGCUUUGUUAACUGUGGCAGAGAGGGAUUAUAACAGGCUCUCUGGUAGGGGAGUUCUGAUCAUUGGUGUGGAAAUUUCCCCACUGCCUCACGUUGGCAUUAGCAGCUGGAAUCUCUGGGAACCUCUUGCUCUGAUCUUUGAUACUGGGUGCAGUUAUGAGAAAUAAUGAAUAUUUGAAAGUACUGCAAGAGAGAGAACCUUGUGGUGUCCUUUGCCUAGAGUAACCAGACCAUGUAAUCCCUGGACACAGUGGCUGUACAGUGGUGGCACACCUGUGUGGAGACAUUCCUGUGGCACAGUGGGGAGCAGAAGUCAGGGGCCCUACGACUCCAGGUAGGCUGUGUAGGUUUUUGAGGAGGGAGAACUUACACCUGUACAUGACCUCCACAGCUCUGGAAGAAGCUCCAGAGAAGUCUUCCUUGAGUCUGGCGGCCAUGAGGGCUGUGGAGAAGCACUCUCCUCCUGAGCAACAUUGCUCUCCUGAGCCAAGAAACCAGGCAUAUCUCUUACCUUGUCCAGUUUUUCAGGGCUGUUUUCUUGGCCUCUAUCUCCAGCUCUGCACUACACAAUGCCAGCUGCAGCUGUUACCCCAAGGUCUGUGCUUGCAGCCAGAGCAGCAAAUCUGUGGCUGUCCAGUUGUGAGGCACCAAACCCAUCAGUGUAAGCUGCAUCCUGAUUGCUGACCUUGGGGAACUCCAUGGAGACAGGGAAAAAAUACCAUCAAAAGAAUUGUGGAUCCUGGCAUGGCAGGAGAACUGUGGAUGGCUUAGUGGUUGAUAUUAACUGCAGGAACUUUCUGCUACAUGACAUGGUCAUGCCCUAUGGACCUGAUCGAUCCCUGCACACACCGGCUGAGCAAGUGCCUGGGACACUGCCACAUGGUUCCAGGAGUUUCUUUCUCUCAUUAAGAUUGUGUAUUGAAGCUGCUGGAGCACAUUCACCUUGGAACGUGUACCUCUCCGUGUUUACAGUGGGGUUCCUUGCUUUCACACCCACACCACCCCUUUCUCCUGUGUAGAGAUGCCUGUAGCUGAGCUGGUUUUCUUCUAACUCAGGCAUCUGUAGCUGCAUGCUUUGUGCUGCCAGAGCACAAUCAUUUACGUCAGGAUUUUUUUUUUUCCUGGAGGUUCUUGCAGACAGAAUGGGUACGAAGGACUUUGUCCUGCCAGGCAGCUAGAUAAAGCACUCAGUGAUUCAGCAUUUAUUGCACCCUACACAGAUUCCUCUGUUAUCAUACCAGCAAGAAUGUGGGGCUAGAAGGGAUCUCCUAGUCAUCAUCAUAUUUCCCAGCAAUGACAAACAGUGAGUCAUAAAGUUCCUCUUGUUAAUUUAUCACAAUCCAUCUUAAGUCAUUGGGAAUUUUCUUGGCAGGUUAUUCAAGAACUUGACAGAAGGAAACUUAUUUCUGAUCUGCAGCCCACAUUUUUUCAUAGCCUAUUUUUGUCUACUUGUUCUCAUGCCAAUGCUGUCUUCUAGUUAGUAGCUGUUCUUCCUUCCCGUCCUCCAACCUACUCUCUUACAUGCCAAUGAAGAAUGUGGCCUCUUCUUCCCAGGAUCCCUGGUGUACUUGGAGAAGAUAUUGUCUAAUUCCCUUUAGCAGCUCAUACCUACCCCUGUUUCAGUCUGCAGGGAGGCUUUGAGGGAAGAGCCCUGGUUUUAUUACUAUUAUUACUAUUAUUACUAUUAUUUAUACCUUCCCUUGGCAGCCAUGAGAGGAUGGCUGUAUACACUGUUCUCUGCCUCCAGCAGCACAGGAGGCCCAGGAUGCUGGGACAGGACCAUGCUCACCUUUGAAAAGAGAGAAGAAACACUCAUUGGGAGUUAGGACAUCAAAAAGGCAGGCCAGAAGCAGGCAAACUUCCUGUGGGUUAUCAGGAAGCUGACAUUUUCUCUGCAAGUUUGCAAUGGCCCUGGGGUUCCCAGCACCCAUCGGGUCCUAGAUUUACCACCAGUAUGUUAAUAAUCUUACAGAAGGGCUGCCCAUCCAUGUUUCCUUUCAACACACCUCCUGCAAUUGCUGAGAGAUGCACCUGUGCCUGUUGAGUGCAGAAACCAUAAACAGCUUUUAUUUCUUGGAAGUUUCCCAUGGCUUGGAAAAUCCAUAAGGACCUGAGUUCCUUAGAAAGCCACUGGUACAUCUCAAGGGGUUCACAGAAAUGGAAAAUGAAGGCACACCCCUCUGCAGUAUCCUGAUAACAUGAUCCAACAUAGGAACAGCAUGGAUAUUUCAUUACUAAGAUGAAUAUAAUGAGCAAGGCACCAUUCUGGAGUUGUUCACUGGUUCCCAGGCAAUUGCCUUUUCUAUUUAACCCAAAUAAGUCGGGUGGUAUUUCAAAUCAAAGAGAAUGGCAGGAAUAAUAUUAGCUGAUGCAAUAACACCUUGAAUUUGCAGCAGUGCUAGGCAGAUCAAUGAACAGUGGGAUACACUGUACAAUAUUACAGCAAAUUCAAACCCUUGUUUGAAAGCAGCUGGGUUUUGGUUGGGUAUUUUUUUAACAGUCACCCAAACACAGGUGGUGGAUAAAGACUUCCUUUCCUCUGGUAGGUGGUGAACUAUGCUUUGGCAAGAAUCGUUGAAUUUACUUGCUAUUACAGCCUUUAUCAUUCCAGUAACAAAAACACAUUUGGAGCUCUCCUGCUUCUGCAGUCCAUUCUUCACAACCCUCCAAUGGUGAGGUCUUUUUCCUAGUUCUGCAAAUAACUGAUAGGAGUGUGCAGCAGCCAGUGGGGGAGCCAGGCUCUCCCAUCCCUGGAAGCCCAGCGUUACUGGGUACCUACUGUGCCUCAGUAAAAUACCUUUGGGUUAAAUACUCACUACCUUCUCGUGGAAAAAAGCUCCCAGCCCCCACUGCCUUCAGCCACAGCUGCCUGAGGGCAUCUGAAUUAAGCCUUUAAAGCAGACAAACCAAACAACAACAAAGUGUAUCCAAGGAUGAUAUGGGGUCUAAUUUACUCAAGGAGGAAACUUGGGAGUCAACAGCCUUGUGUCUUCUACUGACGCUUAAUGCUCAUCUUAGAGAGAAAACCACGGGUCUCUUCUGUGUCUCACUGGCACCUGGCAUUCAAGUGCCACCUCCCUGAGCUGCAUCAAGGUUUCUUCACUAUAUGUUUGCAAAACUGGCUCUGAGUGUUUCACCAACAAGGCCUGAGUGACCAGUAGGACCCAUGAAAGAACAGGAAAACAAGAGGUGAUGGUGUAUGGUGGGUCCUUUUUAACUUCCUUAAACAGCAGUUUUUGGAUGGCAAUGAAAAUCCCAAAUGUCCUCUUGAAAAAGUGAGUGAGAAGCCAGAGAAGAUGGAGGAGGACUUCAGACAACAGUCUGGAUUAUUAAUAGGGGAGACCAAUGUUUUUGCUGUUAAGUAGUUGCUAUAUGUGGGUGGUUUGUUCACAACAGCUGGUUUUAGUAAAUUGAAUAAUAUUUCUGUGCAUAUUCAUGUAUAUAUUUGUGUCUUUACACAGAGGAAAAACAUCCUACUUUCUCAGGAUCAUCCCACUGUCUGGUAAAAAUUGGAAUUUGACAAUCAUCAAUUAGAAAUAGAAAAGAACCCUCCUCCCCAUCAGAAAGUAUGCGAUUUCUACCACGAGGCAAAGAUUUUUCUAGAUAAUGACAGCAUUAGAAACAACCCCACAAGCAUAUGAGGUAUGUCUGGUAAAGCACUUACAUUAAAAAAUUGUCUUGCAGCUUUCCACUUGGAAAAAUUAGUUCCCUGCAACACACUCAGACCCUGGGUUGCAGGGAGGCCACACUCCUACAAGGAGAGAUGAUACCUCUAUGCUGGACACAGCAGGGGCCUAUUUAUUUUGCAGAAUUGGGUUAUCCUCCCCCUCAUCCAGACAAUAUCAAUCUUGCAGCAGCAGCAGGAAGUAGAGUAGGUUUUGCACUGACCACCUACCUUCUGGUAUAGCUAGAAAUCUAGGAACAAUAUUGUUUCCAGCAUUAUUCAUCAGAUUUCAAGAUUGGUGCAAAGCCCUGUGCAGUCAACAGCUGAGCUACAGAGAUUCUGUCUCUCUUUUUACAGAAUUAUUGUAAAAUAAUCUCUCUCUGUGACCAGUUUAGGCUGUUCUAAUGCACAGUCAUAAAUGAGACAUUGACUUCUAAAGAUCUUCCUACCCUUAGAGUGGCAGAUAAAAGAAUGGGUCACAGCUUUGUUCUGCCACAACAUGCCUGGAAGCACUGAGAGACACGCUUUCCUCACAGGGAAAUUUCCACUGUCUCCUUGGAUUUGCAAGUUUGAAAUCUACCAGUAGAGUAUAAAAGAAAUGCUGGACUGACCAAAACGGAUGUAAGAAAUUGAUUUGCUCAUGCCAUUCAAGCAGCAAGAGCUGUUCUGCUGAUGUCUGUGUCUGUGAAAGAGCACAGUGAUUUCCAACUUUGACAUAAACCUUUUGGCUUUUUUUUCAGCAACUCAGCAAGCAUGCCCAAGCCCAGGAUAACAGAAACACCUUUAAUAAACCUGAAUAUCAUCUUUGGGGAAAAAAAAGUAGUCAGUGUAAGGGAAGUUCAUGACACUGUGCUGAAAAGGAUGUGGCUAAAGGAUGUGACUAAUUCAGCUGCUCAAGCAGAUUGCUCCUUUAAUACUGCCUAUGACUUAAGUCCUCAGUAUAAUACCACUAUUUUUGUGACUCAGCAGUCACCAAUAGAAUAAAUUAAUUCAGGGGAUGUUCCAGAUAAUGAGGAGUUUGUCCUGCAGCAAAGAGGUCUCCAAUGAAGAGCAAAAUAUUGGAGGCCCAGAGCAUGCAGUGAUUAGCAGAUUUUGAUAAUUGGUGAGAAUGAAAACAAGAAAAUCAAAGGUGAAAAAAAGUGAAAUACUUUAUGAUUGCAUUAUCUAACAAUUACCAUUCCUAUGCAUAGGGGUGUAUAAUAUCCUCUGCAUAUUAAGGCUGCACAGCAUUUCCUAUAAAAAUAUCUUGGAUUCCUUUGCUUACAAUUUUCAGAGUGAUGAAAAGUUAAAAUUAAAAUGAUUCAGGACAUUUCCAAGAAGAAGGCUAAAAAAAAUGCAUUUGUCCCAUUUCAAGUCUUAGUUUUUUGUCUGAGACACUUCCUCACACCAUACAAACUGGAAAUCUAACUUUUAUGGGUCUUGACAAAAGCUAUCCAAACUGGACCACACUUUACGACUUUGAAAAAAUCAUAGACCAUAUAGGUCCGUGGAGGCUUGUUAGCACUUACUGGACAAAAAGCCAUCCCCAAAUCUUCCCUGGGAAGUCCUGGCUGAGUAUAUUCUGUGUCCUUGCAGCUGCUGGAGCCCCCGUCACCUGGGCUGUGCACAGGUGGUGGCCAAACCCACCCCACCUGCCAGGCAUUGCAAUGAGAGACUGCACUGAGCUGACAGCAAAGUGGGGUUUAUCUCAUUAAGUUAUUACUACCACACUGGCUGUGAAGCAGCAUGGCAGGGGAAGUGGUUGUAAAAGUCAGAUGUGGGAGAAAAGAGGUAAAUUUGUUUAAAGAAUAUGGUGUGACUGGGGCAGAGGCAGGAAUGGGGGAAGGCUGAUUUUCUGAAUCAACAAUGAAAAGCAAUGAGAACAGAGAGAAGGAUUAAGCGACCAAGGAUUCAGGAGCAGUUUGGGAGCAACUGUUGGACAGAAUAGAAGGUGAGGGAGUAGGGAAAAGAGCAGAAGGGAAAAAAAAUAUGAUGGCAGGACAAGCCAGGUGACUGGAAGGGGCACACAGGUAGGGUUGUGGGCAUGAUUUGAUGUGGGAUGCAAUUACUGGAGAGGAAGUUGCUGUUUGUCCUUGCUGUUGAGGGAACACUGCUGUCUCAUGGCCAGCUUGAUGUCCUCCAAGAAGGUGCAUUGGGUUAAUCUUCCCCAGGUGCAGGACUCUGCAUUUCCCUUUAUUGAUCUUCUUGUGAUUCCUCUCUACUCAAUUCCCCAGCCUGUCCAGCUCAUUAAUGAUGAUGUCAAAAAGUGUAAGACCUAGAAACAGAAUAUACUUCUAGUGACCGGCCCCUAUCUGGACUUAGUGCCACUGACCAUUACACUCUGGGUCCAUCCAUUCAAUCAUUUUUUGAUCCACUUCACUGCCCACUUAGGUAACUCAUACUUUGUCUAAGGGGAUGUUAUGGGAGGCAGUGUCAAAAGCCUUACUAUAAAGUCAACAUAGAUCAUAUGUUGAUCAUAUGGGGAAACACCCUAAAUUGACAAUGGUGGGACAGGGAGCAGAGGAGGUAGCAAAGGUGCUGUUUGCUUUCAAGGGUCUGAAAAAAGAAUAGUAUUGGCGAGAACAUAGAUGGCAAGAAGCAAAAAGGUCCUGGUGGUACAUAUUGCGCUACAGAGUUUGGGAUGGAGCCAAGUUAUCCUUAGAUUUUCAUCUCAUCUGCUCCCAGCAUAUGGAUUUGAAAGGCAAGUUUCUGGUGCUUCCCCUCCCACUGCCACCCUAACCUUUGUUACUUGGAGAGAUCACAGUCACCUUGGUUUUCUUUGCCAGGCCCUGGAAGAGGUCUUUGUCAGUGGGCUCUUACAAGGGGUGGAUGUGCAUAUCACGGCAACCUUGCUAGCUGGGCUGGCUUUAAAACAAAUUGACUAGGAUCUUAAAAAGCAGGAUAUUGUAGUCUGUGCCAAAAUGUCUUUGAAAUCAAGCAUUCAGAAAUUACAGAAAACUGGAAUUAAAACAAUGUGCACAAGCCUAAUUUGGCUUAAUUUUGGCAUGUAUGACUUUGUGGAAAAGAGGCCUGGAAAGGACCUCAAGGAGCCAUCUGAGGACUCCAGUCCCAAGGCAGGAACAAUUAUUCCUAGACCAUUCUUGACAAAUGUUUCUCUAAUCUUCUUCUGUGAUACAGACCUUACUUACAGGAUCACAUAUUUUUUCUUAAUGGCAUCCUGCCUUAGUGCAUAAAAUACACUGGGACCAUGCUCUGAAGGAGACUGGGAACACAGCUGGAGAAGGAACAGGCUCAUGGUUCAGCUUGUGGACUGCUGCCCUGGAGAACUAUCUGUGCUUCAGAGUUCCUGAGUGGUCAUGCAAAUCCAGCUUCUCCCAGGCAGUCAUUAAUUAUGUUUUCUCCAUUUUCUAGGUGCACAGUUUGAAAAUACUGACUCUGAUUUAUUUGUCCAUGCUUGGUGCUGUUUCAAUACAGUCUUAGGGCUUUAAUUUUACUACCACCACCCAGACUGCCCAGACCUUGUGGCAUUGGCUCUCACAGAUGGGAAAUAAAACUGAAGUUCUUGUA